UUUGCAGUGCUGACGAUUGAGCACCCAGAAGAGCUGUGUGUUUUUAGCUCGCGUUGUAGCGUUAUCGAAAAGUGUGCAAUAAAAGUUGUGUUGCUUCAACGGUGAAGAAAACGGUUCGAUUCCGCAUACAAUAAUGGCCGAGGACAAUUCCUGGAAGACGAGCAACUUUCGACAGAGUGUCGUUAACAAAAUCAAUGAAGCCAUCCAGCAGACAGGCAUGACUUCAUCGAAAAAUGGCAUCGAGAUGGAAAAUCAUGUGUUUCAGAAAGCUCGCAAUAAGGAUGAGUAUCUGGGCUUUGUGGCCCGGUUGAUUCUGCACGUACGUGAGAUGAAUACCAAACAUAAAAAUCAACAAAAUGCUGCAGCUGCAGCGGCACAGCAGGCACAACAGGAAGGGGUUGGCAACAGCAAUCAGCAAGGCGGCGGCGGUGGGGGUGGUGGUGGAGGUGGCGGUAGUGGUAUGCCGGAUCCUAUCAAUGCUCUGCAGAACCUGGCAUCGCAGGGCACUCGGCCACAGAUGAUGGGACAGAUGGGUGUAGGGCCGGGCGGUCCCAUGGGCGGACAGAUGGGAGGAGCGGGGGGGAAUGCUUCCAAUCUGCUGCACUCGCUGCGCCCGCAGAUGCAGAUGGGUGGCAUGGGCGGCCCGAUGCAGGCCAACCGCGUCGGCAUGGGACCGGGCCCGGGCAAUCAGAUGGGCGGCAUGAUGGGACCGAACCAAAUGCAGGGACCUGGUGCAGGGAUGGUCGGUGGGAUGCCGGGCCAGAUGGGUGUAGGCAUUGGACCGGGUGGCAUGAGCGGUGGCAAAAUUGUGGGCAUGGGUGGGCAGCAGCAGCAGCAGCAGCAGAUGGCGCAGCUGAACGCAAUGCAGGUAAACCAAAUGCAGCAGGCGCAGCAGCAGCAACAGCAGCAACAACAGGGCGGUAUGUCACAGCCGCAACAGCAACAGCAGGGAGGGCUCGUGCAAGGGCAAGGUGGUCCGGUGCAGCAGAUGGGCGUGGGGCCUGGCGGCCCCAACCAGAUGAACCCGAUGGUGAUGGGCCAGAUACAGGCGCAACUGCAAAACCAAAACGCAAUGGGCGGACAGCAGAUGGGGACGGUCGGUGGUACAAUGAACGCCGCGAACCAGAUGGGCCCGAUGGUUGGAUCAAACGCUGGCAUGAAUCCGCAAGCGAUGGGAAUGGCCCCGAAUCAGGUGCUUCGGCAGCAGCAACAGCAGCAGCAGCAGGGUAUGGCACAAGUCCAGAUGGGCCUCGGACCUGGCCAAAUGGGACAACUGAAUGCUGGUGUGCAGGGUGGUGUUGGACAUGGUGGACCGGGACCUAACAUGGGUCAGGUACAGCAGCAAGUAGUCGUGCAGCAGCAGCAGCAGCAGCAGCAGCAACAACAGCAGCACCAACAGCUUCAGCAACACUUGCAACAGCAUCCACAGCAACACCAGCAGCUCCAGCAGCAACAUCAGCAGCAAAUGCAACAGCAACAGCAGCAUCAACCCCAACUACAGCAGCAACAAAUGCAACAGCACCAGCAGCACCAACAGAUGCAGCAGCAUCAGCAACAUCAACAGCAGCAGCAACUUGCACAGCAGCAUGCCCAGCAUCCGCAGCAACAUCCCCAGCAGCAGCAACUGCAACAGCUCCAACAACACGGCCAGCAUCCGCAGCAAAUGCAGCAACAACAUCAACAGCAGCAGCAGCAGCAGCAGCAGCAAGUGCUACUGAAUGCGAUGGGCCAGGGACCUGUUGGAACCAUUGGUGGGGGUCCGAUCGGAGGCCCGGGGGGACCCGGUGUCACAAUGCAACAGCAAGCUAUGCAGCAACAACAGCAUCAACAACAACAAUCCAGCGGAAUGGGUCCAGCUGGUCCCAACCAAAUGAACCCCGGUGUACCGAUGGGACCUGGCGGGGGAGGCGUAAUGGGUACCGGCCCCGCCCAGAUGCUCGGUGCCGGAGCGGGUGGUGCGGCUGGCCAGCAGGGCAACUUUGUUAGCAUGGGAGGCAAUACGAUGGUACGCAAACCGCCGGACAUGAUGCCGGGUGGCAACGUGUUCGCUAGCGGUGGUGUAGCCGUACGCAGCGUCACGCCAAAUAACUUCCUGCGUCAAUCGCCUUCGCCAUCGGUUCCGUCACCCGUCGGACCGGGUGCGCACGGGCCACAAUCCCACCCGGGGCAGAUGAUACCUUCCCCGGCCCUUAUCCCUUCACCCAACCCGCACAUGGGCGGUGUUGCGCAGCGUUCCAGCAUCGGCCAGUCGCCCGGUGGCUCCUUAAACACUCCCGGGCAGCCGGGUGGUGCCGUGCCGAGUCCGCUCAACCCUCAGGACGAGCAGCUCUACCGGGAGAAGUACCGUGCGCUGACAAAGUACAUCGAACCGUUGAAACGUAUGAUAGCCAAGAUGGAAAAUGAUGAUAUCGACAAGAUUGCGAAGAUGAAACGGCUGCUAGAGAUUUUGAGCAAUCCGAGCGUUCGCAUACCGCUCGAAACACUGCACAAAUGCGAGGCGGCACUAACGAGCCAGCUCGGUUCGAUACGCGAAACACCGACCAAUAACCCACUGGUGGAGGCCGUCUCGAGCAGCCUGCAGGGUGCAUCCGGCAAUCACACCCUUCAGCGCACCUUCCGUCCCUGUCUGGAUGCACUGUUUGGACCGGACAUAAAAAAUCUGCCGCCACCGGCGAAGCAGUCACGCCUAGCGCAAGACGAUUCCGCGACCGGAAAUGGAACAGGAACGGGGGCCGGCGGUACCGGUGGGGGAGCAGCGACCACCACCACCAGCACUACGACAGCGGCAAUUAGCACGAGCAGCAGCAGCAGCAGCAGCAGUAGCAGCAAUACUGCCGGCAGUGCUACCACUACCAACGCCACCGUCAGUAGCACAGCCCCGCAGGAGAUUCCACACAUCCUGCAGGGUGAAAUCGCUAGACUCGACCAAAAGUUUAAAGUGUCGCUCGAUCAGUGCGCUAUCAGUGGCACCCGUACGAUCCGGCUAAUCUGCUGGCUAGACGACAAGAACCUGCCGUGUGUGCCGCCGGUCGCGGUCACCAUCCCGGAAGACUAUCCGUUCACGGCACCGAGCUGUUCGCUGAUCGAGCAGGAGUACAACGCUACGCCGUUCUUGAUUCUGGUGCAAAAAUCGCUGAUGGCUCGCAUCUGCAAGUUACCGGGCCUGUUCACACUAUCGCAUCUGCUCGAUACGUGGGAAAUGUCGGUCCGGCAGGCAUGCUCGCCGAACCCGACGAUUGUAGCACCCACCGGCACCAGUGUGCUGCUGGGCAUGUAAAUAUGCAUUUUGGUUGAAUUUUAUUUUAAAUUUUUCGCAUCAAGAGAGUAUAUUUUAUUACAUUCAAACAAGCUCAUCGUGCUCUUUGUAGACGAAAGUUACGAAGUGCUUUCGGCGAAGUAAGCACUACAGAAGCUACGGCACACUGCUUCUAUGCUGUGAGCGGUUUGAUACGGUUGUAUCUUUGUACUAAUAUCAUUAUAAACAAUAAUAUAUGUUUCCAACAAUUAUUUGCAGUGAAUCAUA